UAAAAAGAGAUUUAAAAAUUGCUCCUAAUAUUGAACUCACUCCCCAUACUCUCCGCCGUUGUUUCGCCACUUACCAAGCCAUUAAUGUUAUGCCUUUACCAACUCUCCAAAGAGUUUUAGGUCAUGCCAGUCAGACUGUCAAUAUUUUUAUCCCUAAUGAGGAAAAUUCUGACCACCAAUUAUUAGAAACCAAAAACCAAACUUUACAGGAUAAAAACAAACUUCUAACGCAAGAAUUAGCCAGCCGUGAUAAAACUAUUACUGACUUACAAAACAACUUAAAAAAAGUGGUCAAUGAUAAGGAAUUAGCCGAACAGCAAUUAAUCAGCGAACAAACUAAAAAUCAGCAACUAGAAUUAUUAUUAAAAGCCGAACAAGCCAAGAACCAAGCACUUAUUAAGCAAAACAACAAAAAGUUUUCUACUGAUAACCAACUAAUCGCCCAAAUAGAAAUUCCCAUCAAAAAAUAA